CAGCAUACGGAAAACAUGGCGUUACGGGAGCUAGCAUCGCUGGAGAAGUACUUGGGCCUGAAAAAGCCGAACAAAUACAGCACACAGGGAAAUAAAAAGACCCCUGUGCUGCAGAAUAACACCUGUCCUCCUCUGGUGGGGCUGGGGACCAUCGCCUGUCACCUGGUGAAGGAGUCCAGGCACCCAGAGCUGCUAGGUGACACAGCAGACAGCAGGGCAGUGGUGCAGCAGUGGUUGGAGUACAGGGUGACCAAACUCGAUAACUACGCCAAGGAAGACAUCAAGUCCAUCCUAAAGGACCUCGACCUCUACCUGCAGGACAAAGUGUUUCUGGCAGGAAACCUCUUCACCCUAGCUGAUAUUCUUAUGUACUACGGACUUCAUCCAAUCGUAGUGGAUUUGGCCAUCCAGGAGAAGGAGGAGCACACGAAUGUCACUCGUUGGUUCGAUCACGUGCAGCACUACCCCGGCGCCCGACACCACCUCCCUCCAGUGGUUGUGCUCAGGAACAGAAUUUACACCGGCAGACACCACUGAUCCUGACGUUAGCCACCCCCCCCCACUUAAAAUACUCACCCGUACUUGGUACGACUCUUCUAAUCUUCAGGCCAGACCGGGGCUGAGGCUCUCCGAGCGUUUCUUACGUCGGAGUCAUGAAUUAAGGACGUUUCCACUAAGCCACAUCAGUCUUCUCUUAUUGAUCAGUUGGUCCGCACUAACGAUUGUUUAAAAACAUCCAGUUCAGUUCAGAGUUUUUAACAAAUCUUCAGUCGGGCUAACACUAUUUAUAAAAUUCUGUUGUCUUAACCCGUUUUAUUAGUGCGUUGAGACUAUGUUUUAUGUUUUUGUGGCAAUAUUUGUCAGCUGGUUUGGAGGAGAGAGCUGUCUGGGUGUGUUGCUGCCAGCCUGGUGAAAAGACGUUUACUGGUUAUGAUUGUUUGUUUAAUCUGAGCCUCGGAUGUGACGAGUCGUACAGGCUAGAAAACUCGACUGGGACUCGUUGUUUUUCUCGUAAUGUUUUAUUCAAGCUUUGCUGGUUGGAUGUUAUAAUCCCACAUUGUUCUAACUU